ACAUUUCCAGGUUUCCACACUUCCAGAGUUAGUGAUGAAGACACAUUUCUCCACACGUCCACACUUCCGGUGUUAAUAGAUAAAGACAAUGGAGGCACAUUUCAACAUUUCCACACUUCAGAGUUAUUAGAUAAAGACAUUGAAGACAUAUUUCCACAUUUCCACAUUUCCUUACUUCCAGAGUUAUUAGAUGAAGACAAGGAAGACAUAUUUCCACAUUUCCACAUUUCCACACUUCCAGAGUUACUAGACAAAGACAUUGAAGACAUACUUCCACAUUUCCACAUUUCCACACUUCCACACUUCCAGAGUUAUUAGACAAAGACUAGGAAGACAUAUUUCCACAUUUCCACAUUUCCACACUUCCGGCCAGAGUUAAUAGAUGAAGACAUAUUUCCACAUUUCCACAUUUCCACACUUCCACACUUCCACACUUCCAGAGUUAUUAGAUAAAUUAAGACAAUGAAGACAUAUUUCCACAUUUCCACACUUCCACACUUCCAGACUUCCAGAGUUAUUAGACAAAGACAAUGAAGACAUAUUUCCACAUUUCCACAUUUCCACAUUUCCACACUUCCAGAGUUAUUAGAUAAAUUAAGACAAUGAAGACAUAUUUCCACAUUUCCACAUUUCCACACUUCCAGACUUCCAGAGUUAUUAGACAAAGACAAUGAGGAGAUAUUUCCACAUUUCCACACUUCCACACUUCCACACUUACAGAGUUAUUAGAUAAAUGAAGACAAUGAAGACAUAUUUCCACAUUUCCACAUUUCCACACUUCCACACUUCCAGACUUCCAGAGUUAUUAGACAAAGACAAUGAGGACAUAUUUCCACAUUUCCACACUUCCAUACUUCCACACUUCCAGAGUUAUUAGAUAAAUUAAGACAAUGAAGACAUAUUUCCACAUUUCCACAUUUCCACACUUCCACACUUCCAGAGUUAUUAG